AUGUCAGCGUUGAACAACGAGCAAGUGCAGCAAAGGCAAGGUACGGCCGCCCAAGAUGGCGCCAAUUUAGUGAUCAACGCCACCACCGGCUUUGCGGGUCCCUCCACCAGCGAGGCUGGUGGCAUCACUUUCCCACCACUCCCCAACCGAACUUCUCCACCGGCCGGCAGCCCCGCCACUGGAGCGGCGGUGGUUACCACCGCCAUCCAGCAGAACAUAACUCCAUUGCAGCAACAGAUGGCAGAGCAGAGCCAGCUUUUGGCCUCCAUGGCCAAGGUAAUAACAGCGGGUCAAAAUCCGGCAGCCACUGUGCUGUCGCCAGCCCAGGCCGCGGCGGCAUCGGUCGCACCCGACAAGGCUAAAAGGAGCAAAGAGAAAAGGAAGAAGAAGGAAGAAAGCUCCAGCUCGAGUUCAUCAUCAAGCAGCGACGACGAAGCUCCGGAGAGAUUGCGGCGCCUGGUGGACCGAAUCGAGGCCCAACAGCCCACUGACCCGUCGGGCUUCCGCAAGCAAAUUUUCCAUGGUUUUGCCACGCAGGGCAAACUGGCUUUAGCAUUGCUGGCAGAGGAUCCGCCGAAUGUCAAGGGCGCCACUAAGGUUCUCAAGCCUUUGAUUCGCCGUGCGGAGGUCGGCAUGGCGGUCACUAACACCUUGGCGGCCGAGCCGCGCAUUGGCCUCGCUGCCGCCGACAUCUGCUUCAGCAUUUUGUGUAAUGAGGACAAGUUCCGGGACAAGACAAAACCCCGGAAAUUGGUAGACGGCGUCAAGGACCAAGCGCUAAAGCGCGCUGCCAGCCGCUCAGGCCCCAUCGCUGUGCGCCUGUGUGCGCGUCAUGACUUUGGUUGUCAAGCUGCCUUUGGUCGUGGACAAGGCCUUGGUCUUCUUUGGAGAAUUAUGGAGCGUGCUCGCGCUUGUCUUUCGUGGCCCGUCCUUCACGUCUAUGAGUUUUUUGCAGUCGCUUUCAAGGUCGGCGUAGGCCAUCUAUCAAGAGAGUUCCCCCAUGUUCGUUUUCGGGACGGAGGCCUUUUCCUGCUGGUGUUAACAGGCGGUUGGGCAGUCGGUCUUACCGAGCGUUUGCUGGAGCUAGGUGGCUACCGCAGACAGCCAGUAUCAGUAGAUGAAGAUGUAGGACCGCUCCUCCGACCGGUUCAAUGGACACAACGUGGCGGGUACCUCUCGGGUCCUCUGACCGGUACACGAGAAGCUCCAGUGCAUUCGCUGUCCUACGCGGCUUUCCGCACACGACUGCUAAAAAUGGUACCCUUGGCUGGCAUCAAGAGAAACAUUACGGCACACUCCAUGCGUAUAGGCGGGAACAGCACGGCAGCGGACCGUGGAGUGCCGGCGGAACUGCGCAAGGCUCACGGCCGUUGGCGCACGGACGCCAUGGUACAGCACUACACGCGGCGCGACACUGCAGCCAAACUCGAAGUCUCCCGCCGCCUAGGCCUCGCCGUUUCAGGCACCUCCGCACCGGGCUCGGCUAGCGGCGGACAGCCAGCAUGUUCGAGUCGACAUAGCCAUGAGAAUAUGGUUAAGGGAGACAGGAGCACAGAACUAACGGUUCGGAAGACCAUGACCACGCAUGGUAUGCAGUGUACCAACGAUGCGCGUGACAGACUCGUCCAGAACCACUGCGGUAGAAGCCGUGGACUUGGCAGUUCAGCAUGCUAA